AUGUUGCUAGCAGUUUUGACCAUAUGUGUCUUUCACGUGGCUUCCGGUCAGAAACCGGAUAUCGUGGAUGAGAUCAAAAAGGAUGUGAAGCCCGUCAACGCCAUAGGCUACCUCAACUGUACAGCGGUCCACCUAAAUCUAGGGGCAACGGUGCACUGGGCUAAGAUAAUAUACAAUGGAGACGAGAUGUCCACCGUAGACCUGAGUGAGGACGACAAGGUGGUCCUACAGAACAGCGCUGCCAUGGGUAAAAAAGAAGAUCUGGGUGAACCUAAAUACGGCGUCUUGGUGAAACAUGACAAGCUAAGGACGACCUUCAUCCUGCUGGUUCGUUAUCUCCUGGAGAAAGACGCGGGAGACUACAUGUGCUACAUCAAAAUACAAAACACGGACCAUUCUGAUUGGCCCAAGAAAAUCGGAACGAUUGUCGUGCAAGUGGCGCCUACCAUCAACAUCAUCGGUACAAGCGUCUACGAGGCAGUGAUUGGCGGGAAUUUGACGUUAUCUUGUUCAGCAUACGGCGUGCCAUCCCCAAACAUCACGUGGAAACGAGAGGAUGGAAAAGAACUGGCUAUGGGUGGAUUCCAGUACUGGGGGGCUACUCUUGUGCUAAGGGACAUAGCGAAAAAGGACCAGGGAAAUCACAUCUGUGUGGCGGACAACUCGGUCAGACCACCAGCUAGUUACACCGUCCAAAUAAAGGUCUUCUACGCCCCAACAUGUCGGGCCGUCCAAAACUCUGUCGGACAGGUUCAGAAUCGACGCUAUGACGCCAAACUCGAGUGUCUCGUCGAAGGUCAUCCUGAACCACACAUGUCCUGGAAACGAUACGAAAAUAAUGAACGAAUGAUUAUACACGAUGACAGCAACUUUGAGACGGAUAAGCUGUCGGGCACACAAAAUUAUCUGGAGGAAAUGUGGUAUACGCUACUGGUGAAAAACGUGCAGGCCAACGACUACGCCGACUACUGGUGCACCGCUGACAACAAGUACGGCUCGUGUGAGGCCAAGUUUACACUCUUCGAAACGGCAGAAUGUCAAGGACACAACUGUCCUUCCCUCAAAACAUCGGGAUCCAAUCAGAUCGUCGCUUACCUCCUGCCGUUGGUAUUUGCUGCAUGGUCUGUCCCUGCCAUUGGUUGGAUGCUAUUGUAAAGCUUCUUAAAAUGGAAAUAACAACGCUUAAGGAAUUGAAGAAAAGAAGCUUUUAAGGAAAGUCAAGUCAAGCGAAAAUUUGGCGGAAGUGUACCCACAAGUAUAAAUCAUAUCAUUUACUGCAACUCUCGAAUUCAUUACAUUAAACUUAAAACAUGCUAAUAUUCCCCUUAAUGACUAUCAAUAUAAAAGUAAGUUUAGAGGUGCAAAACCAUAGAUGUCUAGGCCGUUUUUACUGUAAUGACUCGAGCUAUUUUUUUCUUAUGAUUUUGUCAACAAUAUUCAAAUGUUGUUUUUCAAUAUUGUUUUUACUAUUUCGAAACGUUGCUUCUCGUUCCAUAGGCACAAAAACACGUAAAGUAUCAUGUCUUAAUGAGUGGGCAAAAAUAGAGGGUAUUUUAUGGUUUAUCGUUGAGUAUUAUUGAUCCAUACAUUUCAUGAUUUAGUUAGAGUACCAGUAUUUUCCUAAAAUAUAUGUAUAUACUGCUAUACGAGUGAAAUAUUUGUACUCACCGGAAAACAAUUUAAAUUAUUCUUUUUCUGACAUUUGAAGUUACUAAAACGACAAAAAUAUUACUGCAUCAGAAAAGGGGGAAAUAAUAGUGUAAACUUUGACACCAUAUUCAUGCACACCAUUUGGAAUAGGCUAGUAAACGCAAUUAUAUCGGCUUUAGAUUUGCUUAUAAAAUGUUACCAAUUGUGCAGCUAAUUAUAUAUCUUAGUGUUAGUAGCAAAGACAUACCCAAACGACCACAUACUCUAACGUCGCUACAACUGCAUCAAAAGCAACGGCUUUCAAUGCCGCGGAUAACGUUCCGUCCUGAUUGGUCAAUACCAAACGUAACACAUUCAAAUUGCGACAUACAACACCUUGGAUAGCUGUCACAGUGUAAAAGAUAUCGGUUUUUUUUUCAAGUUGUUACAGUCCAACAUCUUGCAAAAUGUAAUGAAUAAGUGUCUUAUUUUGCACAUUAGCUCAGGGAUCGUACGAAUUUAACUAUGAAAUUCAAGGCUUUUUAGGGCCUAUUGAGGGACUUUUUCAUAAAUAAGGAAUAAAAUGUCCGGCCUUUUAGAAAUGUUUGUAAAAAAAACCUGGAAGUGAAAUGUUGAUGUCUGUGAAGUCGUUAUAAAAAUACAAAACAGGCCUAAAACCUUAGGCUUGGCGGUAUCUGAAAAUCUGGAAACUAACUCGAAAAAAAAAUCAUUUUCUUAUUUCAUUAUAAUGAAGAAUAGCAAUACAGGACCACUAAAACUGUUAUACAAAAUAAAAGUUUAAUGAGCAUUUAGAAAAUUUCAUCGUUUAUUUUGAUCCUGUUUUGUUAUGUUCAGGGGCUAACAGGGCAUUUUUAUUAUUUUUGGGUUUUAUAGACCUGUACGAACCCAGUUAUCUGACGGUAGCGAUAAUUUGGAUUCCAAUGACAUACUUAUUUGUUUUCCGUUUUGAUAAUGAAUAGUGUUACCACUUGAUAUUUCUCAUAAGAAUGACAUUAACCUUACAGGUUUUUUCUCUGCCUCAAAUAGUUAUCUAAUGUCUCAUCAGAGCGAUCCUCAGUGAUUACCGUGGACCGACACAUAUAUCUGUAUAAUGGGAAGUAGUUCCAGUGUAUUGUGUUUGUUCCCUGUAUGAAACGUUACGCUGGAUAUCCGGAGGUGUUUACAGUGAGAAAGUCUCGCACAAGUUCAUCAUGUGGCAUUGCCUUGGAAUUUAAUGGUAUACAGUGAAAUAAAAUGUCACCAUUCUGUUUCUCAUGCGAUACUGACGAGGACAUCAGUGUUAUGAGGACUUCUGUAAGUCCAUGUCCCCCUCGGAGUUAUAUGUUUCUGUGGAUUGAUAAUGGAUGCGUGUUCCAAGGCGCUACGUAAGUAUCCUUUUAUCAUCAUUUUCGCAGGCGCGUAGCUGCCAUGAAAGCCAAUCAGCAGCUUCGUGUAAUUUAAAAUCCUUAAAUACAAUAUUUUGAAUUUAAUGGCUUUCGAGAACUUCCUGUGAUAUUUUGUAAUCCUGAGAAAUUCUGUCCAGCAAUAAUGUAUUCAGGAUUUGUACACUAUAUUUUCUAUUUUCAGGAAUUCUGAAACCAAUAAAAAUUUAUCUGACACAGAAAACAUACCAAACACUCAAGCAUUGCUCUCAUAAGCCACCAGAUAGUACCACAAUGGUUCUAGAUGUCAAAUCCCCUAACCCUGACGAUUAGACAGUAAACUUUACAUGUACAUAUGUACAUCAUUUAUAGUCCAGCUACGCGCCUGCGUCGUGAUACAUUUCUUAGAUAUUAUCUAUGUUUUUAGGAUACAUGAUUAUAACACGUUUACAAGAGUAACAUUGUUAAGAAUGAUUUUUCGUUUUGUUUUUAUUUCUCUGGAUGUCUCUAUGGUCGAGUUUGACAGUUAAUCAUCAUGCUUAUUUAUAUUGUUAAAGAUAUCCAAUGUCUGUCGAUGUAAUUAAGAUGUAUAUUUUGACCUAACUACAGUGAGAUAAUUGCGAUAUUACAAAUAGACUUAUAAAUGUAUGACUCAGCGACACUGUGUGUUAAUGGGAUCGUGGUUCUGAAAGCAAAAACUAUUUGUUUCUCAUUAUAUUUAACCAAUAGUUGCAAUGAAAUAUUUAUAUGUUUUUGUCAAUAUAUAUGUAUGGACUAGAUAAAUCCUUUUAGUUCUAUUCCUGCACUUAGCUGUCUUCAUUUGUUAAUGUCUCUUCCGUUGUGAAAAAAACCCCGGAACUUUCGUAAUUCUAGGUUUAUGCAAAAAAUAUCUGCUUUUGUACUUUUCAACCAAUUUAAAUUUUGAAAAAAUAACCUCCGUUUCAAUUCUUUAUUAUGGUUUUCAGCGAUAUAAUGGAAAAUCAGCUAAAACCUAGCUUUGUUAUAUUUUAUUACCAUGAUAUUGAAAUCAUAUUUAAAUAUUAAUUUUCGUUUGAACAAAGGCGCAUAAAUAUUUGGUAAUUCACGAUCAGCCAACGUCUCUAGUAGUCCCCGAUUUUUUGGUUUAACCCUUUUACCACCGUAGACCAUAAUGGACUCAUCCCAAUAAAUGCGUGGUAGAGUCCACUAAAUUUACCUAGGGGUGAAAGGGUUAAAUAACAGCAAAUAAAAUAAAGGGACUUACUGCGUCUCUAUUCUUAUCAUAAAUCGGACAUAAUAUGUAAACACAAAUUAAAAUCAUAACAAUUUUUUAAAAUUUAUAUCAGUAUAUCAUUUUAUUAAAAUGUAUUGGAAUGAUUUUCAUGUAUAAAAAAACGUAUGACUUGAAUUUGUUUACCACUAUAGAUCCUCAGAAAUCAUACAUAUGUACACAUGCAAUAUUUACAAUUUUUUGAAACAGUAGUUAUUUACAUUUAUGAUUCAGUAGGGAAUAUAUAUUUAUAACAAACACUAUUAUUAUGUAUACAUACCAAGCUUUUAUGACAUUGUGUCAUUGUGUAAUUAUGUGAAUCAUGAUUAAACAUCUAUUCCUAAGAUAUUUUCUACAAUAUGAAUUGAUUUGAUUAUUUGUAACAAUAGACAGUUCCUGGAUACAUAGGACGAUGUUAUUGAUAUAAAAAGAUAAAUUAAGGUAAAGGACACCACUGCAUUACAUAAAAAGGAAGAGUUUCACUCACAUGUUGUUUAACAUGGAGUUUCCUCCCUUCUAUAAAGAAGAGUUCCACUCACAUGUUGUUUUAACUUGGAGUUCCCUCCCUUCUAUAUAGAAGAUCAAGUAGCCAAAUUGUUUUUUUGAACUUCCCCUGUCAAGAUUUGUAUAUGCUUUGUUGUUGAUAAAUUGAGCACUAAUUUCCAUGCCAUCUUUUUUAUAAGUUGUCUAUGGCAACACAGUUAAAGUGAAGGCUUUAUAACGUAAAAGGCCAGAGCUCGACCCCAACUUUUUCUUUUGUUAUUUCGAAUUUCAAACUUUUAAAUUCGGAACACCUAAAAUUCUGUCAAAUGCAUGGCAACGUGAUUUGAAUGAAAUACAUCUUUUGAAAAAGUUAUAAACGGAUAUUUCAUAAUAAUGUCAGUACUAAUAGCCUAGUUAAACUUGCUGGUACCCUUUACCUUAACAGAUGGCGUACAAACAACCUGUAUAGAUGUUAGGUUGUGGACAUAAGACAUGCAGAUGUAUUAGAUAACAGGAGCCACCAGGCUUUUACCACAGCUGAUAUAAGACGAGGGAAACUGUGUUCAUGUUAAAAUGUUGGAACACACAUCAAUACCUGAAUUAAAAUUGUUCAUGUUGAAUAUCCGAAAAAAACUAUUGAUACCUAAAUACCUUUAGCAAACAAAAAAAUAAAAAAAGAUAUGGGAUGUGACUAUUCAACUAUUGCAAUACAUCACAAAACUUGUUUAUGAAGAAAUUACACACAAACACCUAAAGAAAAUAGACAGAAAAAA